AUGGAAAUCUCUGCUUUCCCAUUUCCAUACCUACAAGACGACGAGUGUUCCCAUUUCCUUGGUCUAUUUCAGGACAUGGACUCUGCUCCUUCUGAUUUCGGAUUGGAAGGUUUUGGUAACGACAACAACACGAACCCUAAGAAACGCCCAAGAAAGGAAGACGAAGAAGCUGGAGCUGUGAAUGGUAACAAGGCUGCGUUUGGAGAUAUACUCGCGACGCUUUUGCUCUUGGACGAGGAAGCGAAACAGCAACAGGAUCAGUGGGAUUUCGAAUCUAAUCGACAAAAGUCUCUUCUCGAAGCUAAUCACAAGAAGAAAGUGGAGACAAUGGAUGGUUACUACAAUCAGCUGCAAGGUCAUUACUCCGCAGCGGGGGAAACCGAUGGUACCCGUUCGAAACGCGCACGAAAAUCCGCGGUUGCUGCUGCGGUUACGGCGGCAGCUUCCGGGGAGGAAGCAGCCGCUGUUCCGGUUCCGGCGACGGAUAUCCCUAGCGGUUCCGGGCCGAGUCAUAGGAGGUUGUGGGUGAAGGAACGGACGACGGAUUGGUGGGACCGAGUGAGCCGGCCGGAUUUUCCAGAGGAGGAGUUCCGGCGGGAGUUUCGGAUGAGCAAAUCGACGUUUGAUCUGAUUUGCGAGGAGUUAGACGCGACUGUGACGAAGAAAAACACGAUGCUUCGUGACGCGAUUCCAGCUCCAAAGCGCGUGGGCGUUUGCGUUUGGCGUUUGGCUACUGGAGCUCCGCUUCGCCACGUGUCAGAGCGGUUCGGGCUCGGAAUCUCCACCUGCCACAAGCUAGUCAUCGAGGUCUGCCGCGCGAUCUACGACGUCCUGAUGCCGAAGUAUCUCCGGUGGCCGUCCGAUUCGGAGAUCCAAUCGACGAAAGAGAGAUUCGAAUCGGUCCACAAAAUCCCAGACGUCGUUGGGUCGAUCUACACCACACAUAUCCCGAUCAUCGCUCCGAAAGUCCACGUGGCGGCGUAUUUCAACAAGAGGCACACGGAGAGGAAUCAGAAGACGUCGUACUCGAUAACCGUCCAGGGAGUGGUUAACGCCGACGGGAUCUUCACCGACGUCUGCAUCGGAAACCCGGGAUCUCUCACCGACGAUCAGAUCCUCGAUAAAUCAUCGCUUUCUCGACAACGCGCGGCGCGUGGGAUGCUGCGCGACAGCUGGAUCGAUCUUCCUUGUUAUCCUAUGGGUUUUUCGUUUUGUGCAUCACAGUCACACAGCAUAAUCAACGGCUGA